AUGGUUAGAAAAGAUAAAGGAAAGGAAAAAGAGGAGACUUCCAUAGACGGUAUUCGAACCCGUGAAAUCAUCCCUUUUAUCCUUCCGACAACUGCCGAAGCCGGCGGUCGCUGGGUUUCCAUCGCCGAGGCUGUCUCCAUCAAUUUAAGUCGUCCAAAAAAAAAUUUACCUUAUUACAUGCUACCGGUGCUGGGCGCGUUGCCCUCGGUUCAUCACGUCUAUGCCGAAUGGUAUUAUGGGUUGGACGGAAAUCCUCCGAUCGACUUGCUGCUCAAAACCUUCGGUCAUCAAUGGAAGGAUGAUAACAAAGCAAGAUUGACGCGUCGAAACUUCCUAAUUGAAGAAAUCAAGAUGAGAGAAUCCGAUGGAUUUACUACGGCGGAGGUCUUGGUACUUUUGGAUAUGUUGAAGGGGACGGAUAAAUUAAAUAGGUUGGUGGAUGUUAAGCUGUUGAAUCACGCAAGAUGA